AUGGCAGAGGCUAUAGACGCAUCGGCAGUCGCCGAUGCCAUUGCCAACGUGGUUGGUCCCUCCGCUGCUUUCUUGGGCGAUCCGCCUCCGCCGUUGCCUCAAGGAUGGGUGCUCAAAGAAUCUCGAUCAAACCCUGGCUGCUGCUAUUAUUACAAUAUUCUAAUGGGAAUUUCGAGCUGGCAGCCGCCUGUUCUAGACGAAGCAAAAGAAGAGCAAGUAGAUUCCGGCGCCAUGCAAAAGCAACUGACAACGCAACCACAAGACGUUCCAAAAUCAUAUUCAAGCAUAACUGAGAGUAAAGCUCUGCCACCAGGAGAUUUGCCGAAAGAUCCAGAAGUUUCCGAAGACCGAUCAUCCAAACGACACAAACCGCAGACUUCCUCCAGCUCUGGACCCAAGGAAGUUCGUGUGUUGCACAUUCUCAAGAAACACAAAGGCUCCAGAAGGCCAAGCUCCUGGAGACAGCCCAAGAUUACUUCUACGAAAGAAGAGGCCACAGAAGAAUUGCUCGGUCUUUUGGAGAUAAUCACAGAAGAAGAAUCGAAUCCCGAGGAAUUGAGGGCGACCUUUGAAGAGAUUGCACGCACCGAAAGCGAUUGCUCUUCCGCGAAACGAGGGGGGGACUUGGGCUUUUUUGGGCGUCGAAAGAUGCAGCCAGCAUUUGAACAGGCAUCUUUUGAUUUGAAAGUUGGAGAAUUGACAAAGGAGGUAGUGGAGACAUCGAGUGGAUUUCAUCUUAUUUUGAGAAUUGGUUGA